CUCUUCGCCGCUAUAUAUCCAUUGCGACACACACAUCUCAGCGUGCGAGUGUGUGUGAGAGAAACCCCGAAUUUCACAGAGAAGAGCGCCACCACUCCUCCAUAACCACUGCCAUAGCCAUAGCCCAUAGGUCGUAGCUCUCUCUCUCUCUCUCUCCCUCCCUCUCACUCUCUAUUCCAUCAUUUCCGUCAGAUAAACCCUAAUUCUCUCUUCCUACAGCCUGCGAAUUAGUCAUGGAUUCCGAGUCAACUCAGUACCAACAAGCCCAGCUGGCGGCCAUACUGGGAGCCGACCCGGCACCAUUUGAAACCCUAAUCUCCCACCUCAUGUCAACCUCCAACGAGCAACGAUCCCAAGCUGAGUCAAUCUUCAACCUCAUCAAGCAGAACGAUCCCAACUCACUCGCUCUCAAACUCGCCAAUCUUCUCACUUCCUCCCCACACAUCGAGCCCCGUGCUAUGUCCGCUAUCCUCCUUCGUAAACUGCUAACUCGUGACGACUCCUUUAUCUGGCCCAAACUCACCGAGUCUACUCGGUCCGGUAUUAAGUCUGUCCUCCUCACAUGUAUCCAGCGCGAAGAAUCCAAAUCGAUUAUCAAGAAAUUAUGCGACACCGUUUCCGAGCUCGCUUCGUCCAUUCUGCCGGAAAAUCAAUGGCCUGAAAUGCUGCCAUUCAUGUUUCAGUGUGUUACCAGCGAUUCACCAAAGUUACAGGAGUCUGCGUUUCUGAUAUUUGCUCAAUUAGCACAAUAUAUCGGUGAGAUUUUGGUUCCAUAUAUAAAGGAUUUGCAUUCGGUGUUCCUGCAGACACUGAAUAAUUCUCCGAAUCCGGAUGUGAGGAUUGCGGCAUUAAGUGCUGUCAUCAAUUUCAUACAAUGUUUAUCCAGCUCAAGCGAGAGGGAUAGGUUUCAGGAUCUAUUGCCUGCUAUGAUGAAAACGUUGACCGAGGCCUUGAACAGUGGUCAAGAGGCUACAGCACAAGAAGCAUUGGAGUUGUUGAUUGAGUUAGCAGGGACUGAGCCUAGGUUCUUGAGGAGACAGCUCGUGGAUGUUGUAGGGGCUAUGUUGCAGGUAGCUGAGGCGGAGAGCCUAGAGGAGGGAACAAGGCAUUUGGCAAUUGAAUUUGUGAUUACCUUGGCGGAGGCGAGGGAACGUGCUCCAGGAAUGAUGAGGAAAUUGCCGCAGUUUAUUAGUAGGUUGUUUGCUAUUUUGAUGAAGAUGUUAUUAGAUGUUGAGGAUGAAGCUGUUUGGCAUAGUGCUGAAGCUGAGCAUGAGGAUGCAGGGGAAACGAGUAACUAUAGUGUGGGGCAGGAGUGUUUGGAUAGGUUAGCUAUUGCAUUGGGCGGUAACACUAUUGUUCCUGUUGCUUCAGAACAGUUACCUUCUUACUUGGCAGCACCUGAGUGGCAGAAGCACCAUGCUGCUCUCAUUGCCCUUGCUCAGAUUGCUGAAGGUUGUUCUAAGGUGAUGAUUAAGAAUUUGGAGCAAGUGGUCAACAUGGUUCUCAAUUCUUUCCAGGAUCCCCAUCCUCGAGUGAGGUGGGCAGCUAUUAAUGCAAUUGGCCAGUUGUCAACCGACUUGGGUCCAGAUUUGCAAGUUCAGUAUCAUAACCGUGUAUUGCCAGCACUAGCGGCAGCUAUGGAUGAUUUCCAAAAUCCACGAGUACAGGCACAUGCUGCAUCAGCUGUCCUCAACUUCAGUGAGAACUGCACGCCAGAAAUUCUGACACCUUAUCUAGAUGGAAUAGUUAGCAAACUUCUUGUACUUCUGCAGAAUGGCAAUCAAAUGGUGCAAGAGGGAGCAUUAACUGCCUUGGCUUCCGUAGCUGAUUCAUCCCAGGAGCACUUCCAGAAGUACUAUGAUGCUGUAAUGCCGUAUUUGAAAACUAUCCUUGUAAAUGCAACUGAUAAAUCUAAUCGCAUGCUUCGAGCCAAAGCCAUGGAGUGCAUAAGUCUGGUAGGGAUGGCUGUAGGCAAAGAUAAAUUCAGAGAUGACGCAAAGCAGGUUAUGGAAGUGCUUAUGUCAUUGCAAGGAUCACAAAUGGAGACAGAUGACCCUACUACUAGUUACAUGCUACAGGCUUGGGCCAGACUUUGCAAGUGCUUGGGACAGGAUUUCCUUCCAUACAUGAGUGUAGUCAUGCCUCCUUUGCUUCAAUCUGCUCAACUAAAGCCUGAUGUGACCAUAUCAUCUGCAGAUUCAGACAAUGAACUUGAUGAUUCAGAUGACGACAGGUAAAUCUUUUAGAAUGCCUCCUAUUUA